AUGAGCAUGCUGCCCGACCCUACGGCCGACCUUGAUUGGUCAGGCUAUGUCGGGGCCAUCCACGAACACUUCCAUCGCAACGCCCAGAAGACGCCCGAUGCUCCAUGCGUUGUCGAGACGCGGUCGUCCACGACCCCCGAGCGCAAGUUCACAUAUCGCCAGAUCUACGAGGCUGUCAAUGUCCUCGCCAGGCAUCUGCACGAUGCCGGCAUCACCAAUGGCGACGUCGUCAUGAUCUGGGCCCACCGCUCAGUAGACCUCGUCGUCUGUCUUAUGGGUGUCUUGCUCUCCGGUGCGACAAUGACUGUCCUCGACCCAGCCUACCCUCCUGCCAGGCAAAAGGUCUAUCUCGAGGUUUCGCAACCACGCGCCCUUAUCAGAAUCGGCCGCGCCACAGACGAAAACGGCCCUCUGGCGCCGCUUGUCCAGGAAUACAUCGACCAAGACCUCUCGCUCAAGGCCGAGGUUCCCGAGCUGCGCCUCCUCGAUGACGGCUUCCUUGCCGGCGGUCAGAUUGACGGCAAGGACAUCUUCGACGCUGUACGACCAGAAGCUGCGACGCCGCCACCCACCCUGGUGGGUCCCGACUCAAACCCGACACUGUCCUUCACCUCGGGCAGCGAGGGCCGGCCCAAGGGUGUGCUUGGUCGGCAUUACAGCUUGACCCGGUACUACGGCUGGAUGGCCAAGCGCUUCAACCUGAGCUCGGAGAGCAGAUUCACGAUGCUUUCGGGUCUGGCCCACGACCCAAUCCAGCGUGAUAUCUUCACGCCUCUAUUCCUCGGCGCGCAGCUGCUUGUGCCCGCUCGCGAGGACAUCCAGCACGAGCGACUUGCCGAGUGGUUCCGGGAGCACAAGCCCACCGUCACACAUCUUACGCCUGCCAUGGGUCAAAUUCUCGUCGGGGGUGCUUCUGCCGAGUUCCCGUCAUUAGAGCACGUCUUCUUUGUGGGUGACGUUCUGACAACCCGCGACUGCCGCGUGCUGCAGAGGCUCGCCGAGAAUGCCAACAUCAUCAACAUGUACGGCACCACGGAAACACAAAGAGCCGUCAGUUACUUCGAGGUUCCCUGCCGCUCAAGAGACCCCGAGGCGCUGGGCAAGCUCAAGGACACCGUCCCUGCUGGCAAGGGUAUGGAGAACGUCCAGCUUCUCGUCGUCAACCGGGAGAACCGCGAGCUCUGCAAGGUUGGCGAGGUUGGAGAAAUCUAUGUCCGCGCAGCUGGUCUUGCUCGUGGCUACCUUGGCGACGAGGCGAUGAACGAGAAGAAGUUCCUCCUGAAUUGGUUCGUCGACAACGAGAAGUGGGUAACCCAAGACAAGCAGGCCGACAAGGGCGAGCCCUGGCGCAAGUACUACUCCGGCCCCCGCGACCGGCUGUACCGCACAGGUGACCUUGGCAAGUAUCUUGAAACCGGCGACGUCGAGUGUACGGGGCGCGCCGAUGACCAGGUCAAGAUUCGUGGCUUCAGAAUCGAGCUCAACGACAUUGACAGCAACCUGAGCCAGAAUGCGCUGAUCCGCGACUGCAAGACGCUCGUGCGAAGAGAUCGUAACGAGGAGCCCACGCUUGUCAGCUACAUUGUUCCCGAGCUCUCAGAGUGGAGCAAGUGGCUCGCGGUCCGCGGCAUUGAUGAUGUCGACGAUGAGGGUCUCGAGAUGGGCUCUGUCACCGUCUACCUCAAGCGCUUCCGUGCCAUGCAGACAGAGGUCCGUGACCACCUCAAGUCGAGACUGCCGGCAUACGCUGUGCCUACAAUCUAUAUUGUCCUCAACAAGCUGCCGCUCAACCCUAACGGCAAGGUCGACAAGCCCAACUUGCCUUUCCCCGAUGUAGCAGAGCGCACGGAGGAGGCAUCCGCAGAGGACUUGAAGAGCUGGGAGUCCAUGACCAAGACGGAGCGCACAAUCGCCGAGAGCUGGGCCAGCCUGAUUCCAGGUCUCAACCCCAAGACGAUCAGACCGGAGAACAACUUCUUUGAUCUUGGUGGUCACAGCUUGCUGGCUCAGCAGUUCCUGCUCAACGUGCGCAAGCAGUUGGGCACAGACGUCUCGAUUAACACUCUGUACCAGUUCCCCAGUCUGGCGGAAUUCAGCAGGCACAUCGACAACAAGGCCAGUGGCACCGAGCAAGCAUCCUCGGGCGAGGCUGCUUACACCAAGUCUGUGGACGAGCUCAUCAAGACCCUCCCAGCCCAGUACCAAGCGGCGGAUCCCGACGCCAUCUAUGCUCAGGAGAGCAUCACAGUCUUCCUGACAGGUGCAACUGGUUUCUUGGGCUCGUACCUGAUCAAGGACAUCAUGGACCGUGAAAAGAAGAACAUCAAGCUCAUCGCCCACGUGCGUGCCAAGGACUCCGCCGCCGGUAUGGAGCGGCUGGAGCGCUCCCUGAAGGGCAACGGCGUGUGGCAGGAUGCCUGGGCAUCAAGACUGAGCUGCGUUGUGGGCGACCUCGCCCAGCCCAACAUUGGCAUCGACGAUGCCUCAUGGCAGACUCUGGCCAAGGAGGUCGACGUCGUCAUCCACAACGGCGCCACGGUGCACUGGGUCAAGCAGUACAAGGACAUGAUGGCCGCCAACGUCCAGUCCACGAUCGACUUGCUCAAGCUCUGCAACGAGGGCAAGCCCAAGCUCUUUACGUUUGUCAGCUCGACCAGCGUCCUCGACACCGACCACUACAUCGACCUGUCUCUGCAGCAGACGCGCACCGGGCAGGACGCACUUCUCGAGUCCGACAACAUGGAAGGCAGCCGGACUGGUCUCGGCACGGGCUACGGCCAGACCAAGUGGGUGUCUGAGCAGCUGUCACGGGAGGCCGGCCGGCGCGGCCUGCGCGGCUCCGUCGUGCGCCCAGGCUACAUCCUCGGCCACUCGGAGACGGGCGUGUGCAACGUCGACGACUUCCUGAUCCGCCUGCUCAAGGGCUGCAUCCAGCUCAUGUCGCGUCCGCGCAUCAUCAACACGGUCAACGCGGUGCCCGUGAACCACGUCGCCCGCGUCGUCUCUGCGGCCGCCCUGACCCCUUUGCCCUCCACGCCCUCCGCCACCACCGACGGCGGCGUCAACGUCGUGCACGUCACGGCCCACCCGCGCCAGCGCAUGAACGAGUACCUCUCGAUCCUCGAGUACUACGGCUACAAGACGCCCGAGGUGAGCUACGACGAGUGGAAGGCGACGCUCGAGAAGUUUGUGUCGGCCGGCUCCAUCGAGAAGGACCAGGAGCAGCACGCCCUCAUGCCCCUCUUCCACUUCUGCAUGAACGACCUGCCCAGCAACACGCGCGCCCCCGAGCUCGACGACCGCAACGCCGUCGCCAUCCUCAAGGCCGACGCGGACCGCUGGACCGGCGUCGACGAGAGCUCCGGCAACGGCAUCGGCAAGGAGGACAUUGGCCGCUUCCUCAGGUACCUCGCCGAGAUCAAGUUCAUCAGCCCCCCGACCGGUCGCGGCCGGCCCCUGCCCGCGAUCGACGUCGACAUCGUGCAGGCUACAGCGGUGGGAGGCCGUGGUGGGUUUUCUUAG